UUACCCGGAAGUUCAUCUCUUCUACCUCUCGUGUUCUUGGAUAGAAAUAGGCGUCUAACAAGUGAGAUUUGAACUGAAAAGAUUUAAGUUAAAUCUGAAUUUAAACAGCCGAUGGGGAGAUUUGCUUCCUUUCGGCAGACCGGGACAGACGCUAGGUUCAAUGAAAAGUAAAGGAUGGCUCUUUCCACGGUGCGCUUGUGCUCCCGGCACAGGAGCUCCGGCCUCCAGGCGUUUGGCUACGCAACGCAGCACAGCUCCUCAGGAGCCCAGGAGAGCAGCAGCAGCGGCCCCGUGUUUCAGUACGUCGGCCAGCACAAGCGGCCGACCCACAGAGUGUUUGUCUGGGGCUUCAGCUUCACUGGGGCUCUGGGGAUCCCCAGCUUUGUGGUGCCAGACAGCGGCAGGAAGAAACCCCGCAAGUGUCAGCUGACGCCGUACCGUCUGGAGACGGCAGAAACGAUCUCGUCUGCUGCUUGUGGUUACGGAUUCACUCUCCUGGCGUCCUCCACCAAAGACGUGUCCAAAGUGUGGGGCAUGGGCCUGAACAAGGACUCUCAGCUGGGCUUCCAGCGAACCCAACGCAGCCGUCAUCACAGCUACCAUUACGUUCUGGAACCGUCUCCGGUGGCGCUGCCCCUCAAAGAGCCUCUGCAGACCAGGGUGGUCCAGGUGGCAUGCGGCCGCGCCCACUCCCUGAUCCUCACCGACAGAGAAGGAGUUUUCAGUUUGGGCAACAACGCGUUCGGCCAGUGUGGGAGGCGGAUAGUCCGAGAUGAAGUCUACAGCGACAGCCACGUCAUCCACAAGAUGGAAGGCUUCGGCGACAAGGUCGUCCAGGUCUCCUGCGGUCAGGACCACAGUCUGCUCCUCACAGAAUCGGGGAGGGUGUUUGCCUGUGGAUGGGGCGCCGACGGUCAGACAGGUCUGGGCCACCACAACAUCAGCUCCACCCCGGUGGAGGUGGGGGGCGAUCUGUCCGGGGUGGAGGUGCAGCAGGUCAGCACCUAUGGAGACUGCAGCCUGGCGGUCAGCAGAGACGGACAGCUGUUCGGGUGGGGGAACUCUGAGUACCGACAGCUGUCCUCCGUCACAGAGUCCACACAGAUGAACUCUCCUCGACAUCUUCCUCUGAAAGGCUGUGGGACGGUGGUGCAGGCUGCAUGUGGAGGCACUCAGGUGGCAGUUCUCAACGAAAAGGGGGAAGUGUUUGUUUGGGGCUACGGCAUUCUGGGUAAAGGUCCAAAUCUGUCGGAGUCGUCCACGCCGGAGUUGAUUCCCCCCACGCUGUUCGGACGCUCAGAGUUCAGCCCCUCGGCGGCCGUGUCGAGGAUCAGGUGCGGCCUCGGCCACUUUGCAGCCGUCACAGAAGGAGGCGAGCUCUUCGUUUGGGGGAAGAACAUCCGAGGAUGUUUGGGCAUCGGGAAGAGAGACGACCAGUUCUUCCCUUGGCGGGUGACCGUGCCAGGUCGGGUGGUGGACGUGGCGUGCGGCGUCGACCACAUGGUGGCACUGACAAAGUCGAUCCUGUGAGCUGGGCGGAGUCUUCCCAAGGGGGAGGACAUCUGGAAGUGUUCUCCUGAGGGUUUUGUCCCAACCUGAGAGGAGAAAGUUUUGAAAGUCUCCCAAAGAAAAGAGCAGAAAUGAACUCUUAUGAUGUUCCACCUCUGCUCAGGUGAGUGAACCUCAGGUGGAGACCCACAGAGGACGCUGGCGCUGAGGAAGUGAUGACCUCGUGCUGCUGGAAAAUCGGCCGGAGUCAACAGUUUGGUUGAUUAGAAAUUCUUCCAGAUUUUUCUCAUUUCUUUGCUCUAAAAAUUGACCACAAGGCGUCCAAAUCAAAGUCUUCCCUCCGUUCGUUUUGAGACAAAUUUCCCCUUUAUUUUUGGAGUUUCCCAAUAGGCUCCGCCUCCCUCAUGUGUCCUGAUAGGAUGGUUUCUGAAAGCAUCUGCACAGGCCCCGCCCAUUACCAAACUCCAAAAGGUAAAACAAAAAAACCAAACAUGUUAAUAAUAUUAAAAAGGUUCCGGUUUUACCUCUUAAAUGUGAAAUGAGACCUUUUUAGUCUCUAAUUUGGCCAUUUCUUUACAAAUGCUGACAGGAACCGUAUAAAGUUGCUUUCAGAUUCUCUAUGAAAGUUGAAUUGAAAAUUGAACUUCUAAGAAUUCGUUUUAGACACUUUGCAUAAACAAACCGACGCUUUAAUGUCUUUUUCUCCAUAUUUUAGUUCUUUUUAACCAGAAAUAUUGGAACAUUUUGGAGUUUAUUUGUUUUUAAAUCUGAAAUGUUUCAUCAUUUUAGAGGAAACUCACCUUUUUCAUUAAACCUGUUGGUUUAAGGUGGAUUUUCUCGUUUGAAUAAAUCUAAGAAUUUAUUCAAUCAAACUUUAAAAAUAAGAUUAAGAAUUAUCUGAAUGAUUUGAUUCCAUCUCCUGUAUAUUUAUUUCAUUUUUACAGUGUCAAAUUCAUCUUUUUGUUUAUUCAAACUAACGUUUUUGCAAUACGACGGAGUUUUAGGGCCACCAAAAAAAAAAAAAGUAAGAUUACGAGAUAAAAUCUCGUAAAUUUACCAGUUUUUUCUUUUUAAAUACUUGUAAUUUUACUAUUUUUUAUUUAUUUUUUGGCGGCCCUAAUACUCCGACGUAUUGCAACAAUUAUGGAAAAGCUGCAAAAACAUUUAUUAAUCCAAAAUGUUUUUUUUUUUGCUCUGAUAACAAUUUUAUUUAAACCAAAGUGUUGGACAGAGGAAUUCUUGUGUAAAUGUCUGGGAUUUCAGUCGUUUGCUUUUUGAAACCUUAUUCCAUCUCAGAAUAAAUACUGAAUCUUGAUGGUUUCAUAAAAAGCUCCUUAAAUGAGAA